GGAUACUUUGCCUUUAACUGGCCAAGUGUAAACUGGUUUGUAGGUAUGAGGAAGGCUCCACACACUGUAAACGCACAAAGCUACGACACAGCAUGAACGACACCAUGUACUUCAAUAUCAUUCUUAUUAUCUUAGGAGCUUUUCCCACCUGUGCACAAAGAAGUCAUGAGUUUUGUCUUGCCUACGGAUGCUUUGACUCCAGUGAUACUCAACUGUCGGUGACGCUGGACGGGGAAGAAAUAUUCUUUGCAGACUUUAAGAAAGGAGAUCUUGUUUGGGACAGCAGAAUUCCUACCUCCAUCCAUAUGUCAGAGGCUUACGGUUAUGCAAAAUAUUACAGGACACUAUGUAACCAUGAUCUAAUUUAUUUUAAAAAGGACAAAUCGGAAGUAGUGACGAUCAAAGAGGCACCAGAAGUCACCAUUUACCCAAAAGAGGAAGUGAUAAUGGAGGAAGAGAAUACUCUCAUCUGCUUUGUCAAACACUACUUUCCGCCCUCAAUCAAAAUAAAGUGGACCAAGAAUGAUGUAGAGGUCACGUCUGAGGACCCUUUCAUCAAAUCUUUAACUAAUAUUGAUGGGACAUUUUAUGUUAUCUCCACAUUGGGAUUCAUCCCAAAUGAAGGCGAUAUUUACACCUGCACAGUGGAUUGUGAGAUGAUGGACGAGCCUCAGACUAAGUUUUGGGAGGUUGAUGGAAGCAUGUACACAGCAAAGACCCCUGAUGGUCCAACCAUCUAUUUUGGUUUUGCUACGUUUUUUGGACUCGUUGGAGUUGCUGCAGGGACGUUCUUCUAUGUUAAAGCACAGCAGUCUGAUUCAUGAACAAUACUUUACAGAGGUUAACGUUCUGAAUAUUCUGCUUUUAAGUAGUGGAAAUGGAUUUAACAUGUAUUAAAAUUUUACAUUCUUCAUUUUCCUACAGUAAAUGCAUGU